AUGGGCGUCAAGCAAGACUCCGAUCCAACGAUCGUGAUCAACCGCCUCAAAUUCACCUACCCUGGAAUCAACGGCCACCCGCCGCCCGGCGCCAAGCCUCUCAUCGACGACUUCUCCCUCACCCUCAACGCCGGCGAGCGAUGCCUCCUCGUUGGAUCCAACGGCGCCGGCAAAACCACCAUCCUCAAGAUCCUCGGAGGGAAGCACAUGGUCGACCCCACCAUGGUCCGUGUCCUCGGCCGGUCGGCUUUCCACGACACCGCUCUCACCGGCUCCGGCGACCUCUCGUAUCUCGGCGGGGAGUGGCGCCGUGACGUGGCGUUUGCUGGGUUCGACGUUCCGAUACAGAUGGAUGUUUCGGCUGAGAAAUUGAUCAACGGUGUGGCUGGGAUUGACCCUAAAAGAAGAGCUGAGCUGAUCAAGGUGUUGGAUAUUGAUCUCUCAUGGCGGUUGCACAAGGUCUCCGAUGGUCAGAGAAGACGGGUCCAGAUCUGUAUGGGGCUUCUCAGACCAUACAAGGUGCUUCUGCUCGAUGAGAUCACGGUGGACCUUGACGUGCUUGCGAGGGCGGACCUGCUCACGUUCUUGAAGAAGGAAUGUGAGGAGAGAGGCGCUACGAUCAUUUACGCGACGCAUAUAUUUGAUGGAUUGGAGAAUUGGCCGUCACACAUUAUGUAUGUUGCUAAUGGGAAGCUGCAAUUGUCGAUGCCGAUGGACAAGGUUAAGGAGACGUACAAGCUCUCACUCAUGAGGACGGUUGAGAGUUGGCUGAGGAAGGAGCGUGACGAGGAGAGGGCGAGAAGGAAAGAGAGGAAGGCGAAAGGUCUUCCCGAGUUUGAUGAACAAAUUGAGGGAAGUCGGGUAAUUAAUAAUGGUUGGGCGGCUGGGCGCCUCAACUCCACCGUUGCCGGUGAAGAAAACUUUGUCUUGAGCUCAAACAGAGUUCUCAGGCAAUAGAUAUACUUGGUGCCAGUGACAACAGAAUUUGGAUGUGCUGCCGCUGGUUUGUGACGUUUUGUGAUUGUGAUGUAUGGGAUGAUUCUAUUACUUGGGUUUCUCUGCAUAAAUUAUGGUGCGCGAUCAUUUUCAUAGCGCCCUUGAAUUUGGAUGUUUCGAAUUUCAUUGUAUUACUGUUGAAUUUCGUGUAUACUGUAUACCAUCAUAUAUGGAAAAUGAAAGAAAUGAAGAACAUGUUGCCAAAUUGGAACGAC